AUGCUUCAGAUACAUUGUGUGAGAUGGACCGGCGUAGUUGGCCGUGGAAGAAGAAAUCAUCGGACAAAUCCUCAAACGCAGAUGUCUUGCAGAACUCUAAUCAAGCAGAACAGGGAGGAUAAAGUUCCGAAAUUUGUGCAGAUUUCACCGGAAACAUAUGCACAUCUUACUGAUUCUGAAGAACAAGUGAAAGUCUUGGAUGAAAAGGUGAAAACCUUGAAUGAGAAACUGUCUGCAUCACAAUCUGAGAUCACUACCAAAGAUGCCCUUGUGAAACAACAUGCUAAAGUUGCUGAAGAAGCUGUAUCAGGUUGGGAGAAAGCUGAAGCGGAGGCCUCGGCACUGAAGGUUCAGCUAGAAACUGUUACAUUGUCUAAGCUAGCAGCUGAGGAAAGAGCUGCCCAUCUGGAUGGUGCUCUAAAGGAAUGCAUGAAGCAAGUAAGAACUGUGAAGGAAGAAGGCGAGCAGAAGCUACAUGAUGUAGUUUUUGCGAAAACCAAACAGUGGGAGAAGAUAAAGGCCGAGUUGGAAGAAAAGUUGCUUGAAUUUGACCAUGAGCUCAUAAGGGCUGGUGCUGAGAAUGAUGCACUCUCAAGAUCACUCCAAGAGCGGGCAGAUUUGUUGAUGAAAAUUGAUGAGGAAAAGGCUCAAGCAGAAGCUGAAAUUGAAGUCUUGAAAAGCACAAUUCAGUCAGGUGAAAGGGAAAUAAAUUCACUGAAGUAUGAAGUACAUGUUGUCACCAAAGAGCUUGAAAUCCGCAAUGAAGAAAAGAACAUGAGUGUGCGCUCAGCUGAUGUAGCAACUAAACAGCACCUGGAGGAUGUUAAGAAAAUCACAAAGCUGGAAGCUGAAUGCCAAAGAUUGCGUGGUCUUGUUCGGAAAAAGUUACCAGGCCCUGCUGCAUUAGCUCAGAUGAAAAUGGAAGUUGAGAGCCUGGGAAUGGGCAGAGAUUAUGGAGACAACAGAUUGCGACGAUCCCCUGCAAAGAAUAAUAGCUUCCAUCGUCCUAUGUCCCCUAUGUCUCCAGUUCCUGAUUAUGCUUUUGAUAACCUACAGCACAUGCAGAAAGAGAAUGAGUUUCUGACUGCACGUUUGUUAACUAUGGAAGAAGAAACUAAGAUGCUCAAAGAGGCAUUGACAAAACGGAACAGUGAGCUACAAACUUCAAGAAGCAUGUACGCUAAGAUAGCGGGCAAGCUUCGCACCUUGGAAGUUCAAAUGGUGACUGGUAACCAACGUAAGAGUCCAUCAAAUCCAAACAUGGAUAUCCACUUUGAUGGUGCACAUAGUCAAAAUGGAAGCAAUCCACCUAGUAUGACUUCCAUGUCUGAAGAUGGUGUUGAUGAUGAAGGCAGUUGUACCGAGUCUUGGGCCAAUGCUCUGGUAUCUGAGCUAUCACACAUCAAGAAAGAGAAAGUAGCUAAGAGUAGUGUGACUGAUGGCUCCAAUCGGUUGGAACUGAUGGAUGACUUCCUAGAGAUGGAGAGACUAGCUUGUUUGCCUUCUGAAGCCAAUGGCCAUGACAAUGCUGUUGACAAAGUAAAGAUGGUUGAUGCUGAGGCUGCUGUAUCUGGUCUUACUGAGAGUGAUGGUGUUAAAGAUUUGCAGUCAGUACCAUUGCCUGGAACUCCAUCUAGUAAACAGCAGCUGUCCGAGGGAUCUCCACUCUUGAAACUGCAGUCCAGAUUAUCUUCUUUGCUGGACUCUGAAUCACCACAGAACAAUGCUGGGAAGGUACUAAACAGUAUCAGAAAUAUUCUUAAGGAUAUUGAAGAAGAGGCAGAUUUAAUGAAUGCAAGCAAGAUGGUUGAAGUUUCUGAAAGUGAAUCAUUAAUGAACCAAGACAAGAGGUUGAGCAUUGGGAGUAAGCAUUCCAUGGAUCAAGAAGUUAUAAAUGCCAUCUUGAAGAUUCAAGACUUUGUUAAGUCACUUGAUCAAGAAAUGUCCAAGCACCAGAGACCGUCUUCUGAUUAUGGUGGGCUUUCUGAGAAAAUUCAGCAAUUCUCUGCGCUAGUUGAGAAAGUUCUAUCAAAUGAAAAUGUCAUAAAUGACAUCAUUAUGACACUAUCUCACAUCUUGUCAGAAACUAGUGAGAUCAAGUUCACAAUGUUGAGAGACAGCACAAAUGAAGCAGACAGUAAUAAUUUGGAUUAUGUUGACAAAGUGACACUACUUGAAAAUAAAGUGCAGCCUCAUUCAUCUUCUGGCCCUUGCCCACUUAUUCCUCAUCCAUCUUCUGAUCCUGAGAUUGUGGGGCCUAAUGAUGCCGGAUUCGAUGUUAAGACUGCAGUGCAGAUGUGCUCACCGGAGGACUACGAGCGACUUAAAUCUGAGAAGAUUAAUCUGGAGACAGAACUAGCGAGAUGCAGUGAAAUGAUAGAAGAUACAAAGUGUAGGUUUAGUGAGAUGGAGAAAAACCUGGAAGAGCUUACAUCCAGGUUGUCUGCCAGCGAGAAUUCAAACAGCUUGGCUGAGACGCAGCUGAAGUGUAUGGUUGAAUCCUACAAGAUUCUUGAAUCAAGGAAAGUUGAAUUAGAAAAGGAAAUAGAAGUGUUGCAGUCCAAAAUAGAGACUUUAACAGCUGAACUCGGGGAUGAAAGACAAAGUCAUCAGGAUGACUUAGCCAGAUACAAAGAUCUCGAAGAGAAGAUGGAAAGGUACGAAAACGAGCAGAGUUCAAUGCAUGUGGAAGAGGUUGACGACACCAAAUCAAAGCAGGAGGUGGAAAUAGCGGCCGCAGCAGAAAAGCUUGCAGAGUGCCAGGAGACCAUGUUGAUUCUUGGUCGUCAACUGCAAGCUAUGCGUCCUCCAGCAGAGUCAAUGGGUGCCUCGCCAACCCGGCAACGAAUGGAGGACUUCUUGCAAGACGCGGCAGGAACAACCGAAGGCGAGUAUGCCCAGAAACCAUCAGGCCAGCAUGAUACAGAUCAGGAAAUGCUGGAGUCAGAGAAUGUAUCUCCCCUCAACGGAUACAAGACCCACAUGACCCCUUCUGAUGCGGACGGAAGCCCUUCUCUUUCAACAAACAGUUCCAAGCGCCCAAAGCAUAGGUCGCGAUCCUCAUCCUCUUCCUCAUUUGCUAACCAGUUGCCCGAGAAACAAAGCCGGGGCUUUAGUCGGUUCUUCGCCAAGGGCAAAGAGUGA